AUGACCUCACGAACGGCCAAACCAGAAAAGCGUCAAGAAACCAAAGAAGACGCGCUGCAUCAAUAUCAGGAUAGUGAUGGACACUUUUCACUCGUCAGAAAUUUUCGUCUCGCUGACCUCGUCACAAUCAUGAACGGCUUUUGUGGCUCCUUCUCCAUCUUCUCCUCGGCGCGCUACUUGCUCACAAACGACAAGACGCACUUGUGGGCAGCGCUCACGUACCCGCUCGCUGGGCUCAUGUUUGACUUUUUCGAUGGAAAGGUUGCGAGGUGGAGAAAGAGUGCGAGCCUUCUCGGUCAAGAACUGGAUAGUUUGGCGGAUUUAAUUUCUUUUGGUGUCGCCCCUGCUGUGUUGGCAUUUGAUGUCGGACUACGAACUUGGAUCGAUACAGUCAUCCUUACCGGUUUCAUCUGCUGCGGUCUUGCUCGUUUGGCUCGCUUCAACGCGACGGUUGCGUUGAUUCCCAAAGAUGCUACUGGUAAAUCGAGAUACUUUGAAGGUCUCCCUAUCCCUUCGACGCUUAUUCUUGUCGGCCUACUGGCCUUCUGGACACAAAAAGGCUGGGUCGCGUCUGAGCAAGGCUUACCACUUGGGACGUUCACAUUAUGGGAAUCUAAAGAUGGCUCCGGGGACGUUCAUUAUGUUUCGCUCAUCUUUGGGGCGUGGGCUGCUGCUAUGGUUAGCAAAACGCUCCAGGUACCCAAGCCUUGA